AUGGAUUAUCAAAAAGCUAUGCUAGAAGAGCUCAUGUCUCAAUAUGUAGACGUUGAUAAUAAGGAUUUCUGGGAUGAUAGUGUUUGCAAACAUUACAUUGUUGCUUUCUGUCCUUCUCAACUCUUUACCAACACAAAGUCUGACCUUGGUGCUUGUGAUAAGAUCCACAACGAUCGAUUGAAGGAACGUUACCAAAAGGUGCAAGAUAAAAACAAGUAUCCUUACGAAGCUGAAUUCUACGAUUAUCUCAACAAGCUCAUUUCUGAUUUAUCCCGAAAAAUCAGACAAGGCAAUGGCAGACUCAACAUCCAACUUGAUGACAAGGCUGCAGAGGUGCGUAAAGAAGAAAGAGAGGAGAAGAUGGUAUUACUAGACGUCAAGAUUAAAGAGUUGUUACAAAAAGUCGAAGAGGCAGGCGAAGAAGGUCGUGUACAAGAAGCAACUGAUCUGCAGGCAGAGGUUGACAAGCUGCAAGAAGAACUAACUCAGUUCAAAGAAAACGCUGACGGUCUUAGCAAAGCCGAAAAGCGUAUGGAGGUAUGCGAUGUUUGUGGCGCUUUUUUGGUAACAAAUGAUUCUUCAGAUAGAUUGGAAGCUCAUUAUCAAGGAAAACAACAUCAAGGUUACUUGAAAAUUCGCGACACAAUUGAGCAAAUGCGACAAAACCGCCAACAACACCAUCAACCACACGGCAACUACCAACAAAACAACAACUACUCUCGCCAGCGCUAUGAUUAUCAUGAACGCCGUGAUGGAGGUAGGCAAAGAGAUUAUCGACGUUAUUCUGACCGUGGAUAUAACAGGGACAGAAACGAUCAACGUCGACGUGGCAGCCGUGAUAGACGCGACAAUGAUGAUGAUUUCGCUGGUGAAAUUGACCGUUACAGUAGAAGAUCUCGUCGUGAUUAUGAUGAUGCUCCACCUCGUCGAUCUCGUUCUCGUUCGCCCGCCAGAAGGUCUCGUUAUGAUUAA